AUGACAACAGACAUAUCGAUCGUCGUCAAGAAGAAGGACAUCACUAGUACGAACGGCCCUAACCCGAUGUAUCAAAUGCCACCGAGUGCGACUGGCGAUGGUGGACGUGAUUCUCUUGUCAUGGCGGACACUCUCGCUGCCUCGGUCGUUUCAGCCUGCUUCCUUACUGACCUCGACACUGACACAAUUCCAACUAAGACCCAUCCCAUUAUUAAACGUGAAGUGUUGGGACCGAAACUCCAAAGUCGACGCGAGAAAGAGGCCAUUCGGAAACGGAUUUAUCAUCUCAAAGUCAAAGACGAGCGCAAUGGACUGCGAAGAACAGUCGACGAGUUGUCACGGCAGCUGGAAGAGCUAAAACAAGGCAAACCUACAAGUCUUUCCGACAAUCUGAUUGUUUUUCAUUCGGUUUGGAGAGACUUUGCAAUCGACGAACGUGAAAAGCUGCUACGAUCCGAGGCCGAACAACUGCAACUUUUAGCUGCUGUAGAGGCGAAAGCAUUCUGUAUCGAGGAAGUGUGCGGGCAAUUAGCAAGGGACAAGAAGACGGAGACUCCUGCAACAAUGACUCCGACGCAACCAGAUCAUCGUAAAGAUCCACCAUUUGACUAUACCAUGUUUCGUGGUCACCUGAGAAGGGCACAUGAAAGCUACGCCAUUGUAGAUGAGAUAUUCGACUUCAACUCGAUACCAGAAGGCCUGCAUACUUCGGUCAAAAAACGUGAAACGGACGGGGAAAUCGAGUACUUCGAGCGUCGAGACAAAUUUACACUACCAUUUAGAUACAGUCACACGGAACGGACUUAUUGGAAGUUGGCAAAGUUUCAUCAUCGACAACAAGACAGGAUGGAGUUUAGCGAAGUUGCCGAUCCAAACGAUACGAUUGUUGUCAGGUUUCGUUUGGUUCAGACCCUAACGUGUGGCGCGACAGUCUCAGUUCUGCAGCGACAUGUUGGUUGCCGUUUUGUGGAGGAUAAUCGUACGGUGCAUGUCUGGAAAAAUCAUUCGGAAGGAGAGGGAAUCUUUCGAGGAAUGCAUUCCGACGAGACAGGAUGGGUCUGCUUUCAACCGUCUUUAGACGAAGAAAUGACCGAGGUGAUGGUAUGCGUUCGUCAAGCCCCGAUGAAGCUUAUCAUUUCAAACUCGAGCGAUGAACGAAGCAAUGAGUUCCAUGAGAUACUACAGCGCUCUGUAAACGAUGACUUGGUUGAAAUCACAAGUGAAGUAGACAAACUUUUACUCGAGGAUACGUUGGCAGGUAUAGAGAUCGUUCCACCUACUAUGUGA